AUGCUAAAUAAAGCAUUAACUUAUUGUCUUUAAGAUGAUGACCCAGUCUAAAUUUCUGAAUUAAUUGGUGUUCCAGAGUAUCAGAAAUAACCAAAAUUAUGUCAAAGCACCUUUGUGACCUCUUCUGAUUUAAAACAAAUGAUAAUAAACCAAAAACGAGAGAACAGUGUUCAAUCCUAUCGUAAAAUGUAACAUUAAGAUGCUGACUUAAAACCAAUAAAUCGAACAUUUGAUUGUAGAUUACCAAUAAAUCAAAAUAUGUGUAGAAAAUACAUGAAUGUCAAGUUGAUUCAAGAACCUGCUAAACCUAAACUAUACUUUGGAAUUAAGCAUUAAUAAUUUAAAGUAAAAUAUUUCUUUUUACAUUCUUAGAUAAAAAUCAGAAUGUAAAGCAAACGUUUAGAGGACAUGUUCUGA